AAUAAAUAAAAAAAAGGUAGACUAAUAGUCGCUGAAGAAAUUUCCGAAAGUGUGUGGGAUGAGGAAGAUGAUGAGGAAAUAUUGGUAGCAGAAAUUUCAAGAGAGAGAAAGAGAGAAAGAGAGAGAGAGAGGGUUGGAUUGGUUUUCUUCUUCCUUUCCUAAAGAGAAUCAAAUCUCAAUCCUCAACCCACAACCCACAGCAUUAUCAUCUCAUUCCACACAUAUCUUGAGAUUUCUUCAUUCCUCCCUCAAUCUCUUUUCUUUUCCCCCCCUUUUUAUCCUUGUUUUUUGCCAAACUUUUUUUUCGUUUGAUUAGGUUGUCUGAAUCGGUUGUUCGCAGGGUUCGAGAGCCACAGGUAUGCAGAGCCAACUAGUGUGUAAUGGUUGUAGGAGCCUUCUGCUUUACCCAAGAGGGGCAACCAAUGUUUGCUGUGCAUUAUGCAACACAAUUACCUCUGUUCCUCCACCUGGGAUGGAAAUGUCUCAACUUUAUUGUGGAGGUUGUAGGACAUUGCUAAUGUACACACGUGGAGCUACAAGUGUGAGAUGUUCUUGCUGUCACACUGUAAACCUUGUUCCAGCACCUAAUCAAGUUGCUCAUGUCCAUUGUGGGAACUGCCGGACUACACUCAUGUAUCCAUAUGGAGCUCCCUCAGUCAAAUGUGCUGUUUGUCACUAUAUUACUAAUAUCACUAUGAACAAUGGAAGGCUUCCAAUCCCUGUCCAUAGGCCUAAUGGGACGACCAACACUGGAACAGUACCUUCUACUUCCACAUCAAUGACCCAAUCUCAGAGUCAAACAGUAGUGGUAGAAAAUCCAAUGUCUGUUGAUUCAAGUGGGAAAUUGGUGAGCAAUGUCGUCGUUGGUGUUACAACGGAUAAGAAAUAAUGGUGUCAUAUAAAAAAAGGUACAGUAUACGACGCAUUACCACAGUUGCUGUCACGGGAAGAUAUUGUUUGUGUAUAUGAAUAUAUGAUAUUGCAGCCGGCAAUGGUUUAAUUGAAAUGAAUAUUUUUCCAAUAUAAGGGUUGGACGGAUAUCAUAUGUGUAUGUAUAUGAGGAGACAAGUCAUGAAAAGGGCAUAAAACCUGUUUUGUGUGAUUGCCAGAGCUCAAUGUGUUGUUUCCUUUGUAUCCAUACCCAAAUCAAUUGGUUGAUUCAGAUUAUAUGCUGACUUACAAGUCCUAGACUAGCACAUGCUGUUAUUUCUUUCAUGACUUGUUAAGCUUGUGGUGUUUUUUUAGUGAUUUGUUAGAUACUUGUGUUGUAAUAUUUGAUGAUGUUGUGCAAGCAUUGCAUCAUAAAUGACCGGUCUGAUAGAUUUUUUACGAGUCAUUUGAAAAAUAAGGAUAAUACCGAGGGUGCUUUGAAAAUU